UCCCGGGCCACGAUAUCAAAACCGUCCGGCUUCGCAAGGGGUUUCCUCUUCAAUAGCAUCUUCUUCACGAGCAACCUGAAUUGUGCAAAAGAUGAAGGGAUUUGUCGCUGUAUUGUGCCUUGCUGCCGUCUUUGCGGAGACAAAUGCUUUUUACAGGAUAAAGUUGCAUAAAUUUAAGUCUGUUCGGCGCCAGUUGGAAGAAGUGGGGACAAGCAUUGAGCAGCUGAAACUAAGAUACUCUGUGCUGUCUGACAAGGUUGGGGGACCAGACCCAGAACCUCUGUCCAACUAUCUGGAAGCCCAGUAUUACGGAGCUAUUGGUAUUGGAACUCCCCCUCAGCCAUUUAAAGUGAUUUUCGACACUGGUUCAUCUAACUUAUGGGUUCCUUCCAAAAAGUGCAAGCUCACUGACAUUGCCUGUCUUCUGCACAACAAGUAUGACAGCACCAAGUCCAGCACAUACAAGGCCAAUGGUACGACAUUUGAAAUCCGCUACGGUACUGGUAGUCUGACCGGCUUUCUCAGCACUGAUAAUGUCAAGGUUGGGGACAUCACUGUGAAGGGGCAGACAUUUGCUGAGGCCACGCAGCAGCCUGGUUUAACGUUUGUUGCGGCCAAGUUUGAUGGAAUCCUGGGCAUGGCUUUCCCGUCUAUCUCUGUGGAUGGUGUGGUGCCGGUAUUUCAGAACAUGAUCAAACAGGGGCUGGUCGACCAGCCUGUCUUCUCAUUCUACCUGAACAGAGACCCAAGUGCUGCAGAGGGUGGAGAGCUGAUCCUAGGAGGAAGUGACCCCAAAUAUUACAGCGGUAACUUCACCUACAUCAACGUGGACAAACAAGCCUACUGGCAGUUCAAGAUGGAUGGUGUCAAGAUGAACGGCAAAGCAACUACAUUCUGUAAUGGAGGUUGUCAAGCUAUUGCUGACACUGGCACUUCCUUGAUUGCUGGACCCUCCGCUGAGGUUACCAAGCUGAAUCAGGCUAUUGGAGCCACCCCAUUGGCCAAAGGAGAGUACAUGGUCGACUGCAACAAGAUCCCCAGCCUGCCCACCAUCUCCUUUACCCUGGGAGGGAAAGACUUCACACUGGAAGGCAAAGACUACAUUCUCAGGGUCACUGCCCUGGGCAAGAGUAUAUGUCUGAGUGGAUUCAUCGGCCUUGACAUCCCUCCCCCAGCAGGUCCCCUGUGGAUCCUUGGGGACGUUUUCAUUGGACGAUUCUAUUCAGAGUUUGACACAGGCAAUAAGCGUGUUGGGUUUGCCACAUCCAAAUGAGACUAGAAAUGAAGAGAGAGUGACUGUGUGUUUAUGAUAAAUCUGAGAGAAAGGGAUAUCAGUUGCACAAUAAAGACAGAAGGAAAAUUCAAACGAGUAAUUGCUGAAGUAAAUUUCAUUGCUGAGAUUUAAUGGAGUCCAUAUUUCAAAUGUAAAUUCUUACAAAGAAUGGAAAUACUGUAUUCUACAUGUAUUAUGUGGUGUUUCUCAAGGUGUAGUGUUCAAAUUGUCUAUAGCAGAACAGCAUACCUGUUAACUUAUAAUAGAAGAUCUCUACUUAAAAACGUCCAGAUUUUUGGAUUGGUUUUAUUUUUCUUAUUAGCCGUGUGGUGUUAAUUCAUUUUGUUGUGCCUAGACGUUCAUGUUGGUCAUACACCGGUGCAUUACAUUCCUACAUAGUUUCAUAUUACUUCGUGACCUUGUUGUAAAAUUGUUGUAAACCACAGCACUAAUAUACUUUGUAUCUGAGUACAUAGUUUUAAAUAUUUGUAUUACAAUGAAGAGGAUUUUACGAACAUGAGGAAAAACUCAUUUGACAUAACUUUGAUGAUAUCCAGUCCACUCCAAUCAAUACUCAUUGAGAAAUGUGCGUGUCAAGACAACCUGGAUUUGCUUCUCUCUGUCUUGGCUUUCAGAUUGUAUGGAAAUUUGAUGGUUUUUGUUGUUUUCAGUGAAAUUCCGUGUUCUUAUUCACUAAUGCAUGUUGAUAUUUUCUGAUAUUCUGCUAAU